UAGGCCCCUGAGGCGGGGGUGGAGACCCCGACGUGAGGGGGAAGGCCCCUGAGGCAGAGGCCCCGACCUGAGGGGAAGGCCCCUGAGGCGGAGGCCCCGAUGUGAGGGGAAGGCCCCUGAGGCAGAGGCCCUGACGUGAGGGGAAGGUCCUUGAGGCGAGGGUGGCGGCCCCGACGUUCGGGAGGGCACCGGGCAUCAGGGGGUCGCUCGCCCGAGCUGGUGGCACGUCAGGGCCCUCCUGGGGCCUCAGCGGCCGUGGGGAGGCCACAGGGCUGAACCUCGGUGGGUUCUCAAUGGCUGGCGUUUGUCGUUCCUGCAGGGUUGCCAGGUCAGCAGCCGUCUCGGUGGGUAACCAUGUAGCGCUUAAAUCAGAGGCAGGCUCCAUGCGGAAGGUUACAGCCAUAAAUAUUUACCAGUAUCCACUAAUGCCUGGUAGCGCUCUGGUCCCCAGUCCCCUAUGAGUUCAUCGGUGCCGUGUUCUGCUUCGCCCCAGAAACCUAGCCUAAGCCUUGAGAACAGCACCAUUCAGAAACAGAGGCAAGAACUCCAGUUUCUAAUUGCGGAACUGAAAGAUCGUGAUAAGGAACUCAAUGACAUGGUUGCAGUGCAUCAGAGAGAGCUUCUAGCCUGGGAAGAUGAUCGGCAAAAGAGACUGACUUUAGCAGAACGAUGCAACUUAUUAAACAAUGAGCUGAACAAGAGAAAUGACAUCAUAAAAUCACUCACCAAAAGGUUAAAGUUCUUCGAAUCUCAGCAGAAUGACAGUAGGGCGACAUUUGAAUAUACACAACAGAAGUUUAAAGAGCUGUCUCAAAAAGUAGCAGAUGCAACUGUUCACUGUGAGGCUCUGGAGGAGAAAAACCAAAGUCUCCACUGCUCAGUUUUGGAACUGUCUGCUAAAACAGGCCAGCUGCAAGCAAGAGAGCAGGAGCUUCUUACUAUGCUUAAGCUGAAGGACGAGGUUAUACUUGAAACAACUGAUCACAUUACUGAGUUUACAUCGAAAUUCAGAAUGCUGGAAAGUGCAUUGCGUGCAGCAAAGAUGGAGGAAUUGAGUCUCAAUGAAGAAAAGCAAGACCUCAAACUGAGACUGAAAGAACUAAUACUUGAAACAAAUAAGCUGAAAGAUAACCUGUAUGAAAAGAUAAAGGAAAAUAGUAAGCAGCAGGAAGAAAUCAUUCACCUCAGGCAAGAAAACAUCUCCUUGAGGAAUGAGCUUACGCUGCUUGUUGAGAAAUCAAAGAGGAAGGAUCAACUUCUUCAGUUUGCCAGGUCUAAACAAGCACGGACUGACACAGAACUAUCAAGUUUGCGACAGAUCUACGUAAAACAGCAGCGUGACUUGCAAUUUCUUCAUGUCAAUUUGGAGAGCUCUCAGGAAUUAAGGCAAAAGCAUGAAAAGGCGUCACAUGAAAGGAGCAUAGGUGUGGCAUUCUAUGCCCCUGAGAGUAUCAGCGAGACAGACACGGUUAGGACUGAGGGCACCCACGAGAUAUGCAAGGAGUGUGGAACUGCAAAAGUUCCCAAAAGUAGGGUAAAAAUCACCUCUGAGAUGUGUGAAGUAGAUAAGAGACUGUUACUGAACGCAUCAGACUCGGAGGAAACUACCUCAGCGUACUUAAACCGGUGUCAAAAAGUUGUGAAAGUCUUGGCUGUCCUUACGGAAGAAGAAGAAAGGCAGGAUGUUGCAUCAAGCUCCGAUGAGCUAGGCAGCAAACUAUUUUGUGAGGUAAAUAACACAACGCCAUUGAGAAACAGUGAAAUUUCUGAGAAUGGAGUGGAGAGCAGAGACCAGCAAACCUUUGAGUCAUCUUUACCUGAGUGUGAGCAUUGGCUUAAUGUCAGUUCUCGUGUAGAUUCGCCAAGUACUUUGAUCCAGAACGCCGUCGCAUCUGACAAAACUGAUAAUGAAAAUAAAACCUGGGAAGAGAGAACUGGAAUUCUGUUUGGCCAAAAAAGCAGAGAGGCUCCUGCUGCAAUUCACAAGUCUGAAUCUGAUUCCUGUAGUAGUAGCAACUUCACCAUAAAAAAAGAUGCCUGGUGGGAGCCAGUGUCAGAUCCAGAAUGGUUGAAGAUUUUCAAACCCGUGAAAGGAGAUGGAAGUAUACGGGAUGGAAUAGAUUGCAGCCAUCUCAAGACUGCACAAGAGAUGAAUUGUGCCAGCUCAAAAAGUGAAGAAAAUGUGGAUCUGAAUUCUUUUCGCGUGGAUUCUCCCUGUUUGACAUCCACCCAGAAAGGAGACAGACCUCCAAGAUGUGAGAAAUUCUCUGAUGAAGACCUCCCUCUGGAGAUCAAUGACCUUUCAGUGACGAAGCCAACACAUAGAUGCUGCAGAGCUACCAUGGACCAAGGCACCAAUUCCCCCGUAAGUAAGCUGCAGCACGCGUUGGCCGAGUCUCGACAGAUGGUUGCUGAUCUGGAGCUUAGCACUCUCCUCCAGGCGAGCCCCCGCUGCAGCCCGAGCAGCAGCAGCCUUAAUGUGACAGCAGAACUUGAAGAAGCUCUUCACAGAACCCAGUUAUCUGCUGCAGAAGAAAGAAAUGCUAAGCUUACCUUCUCUUCUCUAUGAUGCGGCGUGAGUAUUGAGGGUGUUUUCAACUUGAUUUUGUUGUUGUUGUUGUUGGGUUUUUCUUUUGUUUCCCUCUUUAUAAAUGCACCUGCAUUAUUAAUACAAGUUACAGACUUCUGAGCUGGGUCUGACACAAGAUUCUAAGUGCACUGCUUGGAAUGCAUUUCCAAUAAAACUCUUGUGAGUGCUGUAACAACAAACAAAUACGAAGGCAGCAAGUCAUUCCUGUGGUCAAAUCAUUAAACUUUUCUCAAGCAUGUUCCUCAUGCUCUGGGCAGUCAGAUCUUGCAGCCUCAUUCCUGAGUACCUGCACGCUGCUUAUUGUAGUUAAAAUCCUUCUGUGUGUUACAGAUAACAGGAUCAAGGAUAUGAACAUUGUUGAAUAAAAGACCGGGAAGUGUUUUUCAGUGUCGUGGCCAAGGGCCGUUGUAGUGUAUUGUUCCUGGGCUUGGAGCUCCAAAAGUAAAAAUCUAUUGAAUAGAGCUGUUUCAGAAAAAAAACAGCCUUGCCCAUAGCGGAUUGUUUUUUCUUUUUGAAUCAGGAAAUUUCUCAUUCUCUGAUUAUUUGUUCUUCUGACGUGGACUGGACACUUGCAAUAGGCACCAUGUUGUCUGGUUCCGAGGACAAGAGAGUAACCAGAUACAGUUAAAAUACUGAACACUACAUGAAACUGAAAAAGAACUAGCAACAAUGAGGGGGAAAUUGAGAAAAAAAAUAAUCUUCCAAUGCUGCCAGCAACCCAAGUGCAUGUCUGCAAAGGGAAGUUGUUACACAGCAAGCUGGAGUGUGAAGCUGUGGGGCACUGGAUUUCUCAUGUGGAUCAACUUCGAUCCAGCAGGGAGCUGGUGCUCACUUCUCUCCGGGAGCGUUCGAACAGCAGUCUAUGCACUGGUUCUCCCCUCUGGAGCUAAACCUUCUGUGCCCCUGGGGAGCAGUGAUGGUUUGUAGCCCCUUUGUGUUCUGCUGUUUCUGCAUUAGGGAUGGAGACACCAAGUCUCCUUUCCAAAUAAGUUGGGUCUGCUCAAUGCACGCUAAUGGGGCUUCUGUGGGAAAUGGCUGCUGAGUGGCUGGAAUGCUGUACCUUACUCUGCUCUAAUGUUCCCUAUGGAGAGAGCUCUUCUUUUCCUAAAAAGAGCCCUGAGGUAAAAGAGGCUGGAGGUUUUAUAGAUGGAAGCCAGCACCGUGACUUGCAUCCUGAAACUACUGACGUUAAAAAGUUUCAGGAGCAAAUCCCCCAAAUUGCUGAGCAGCAUGCUGAUGCAGCAGAGCGCUGGGCGCACGCUUAGCCUACAGAAAUAAUCUCAUUUGCUUGGAGUGAGGAAGAACUGGUGGAACAAAUGUGCCCACAGUUCACUGUAGAUCCAUGACAAGAAUUAGUGACUCUGCAAGUCACCGGCAGCUGCAUAAUUCUUAUUUUCUUCAUUUAUUAAAAGGCACUAAAUCACUGUGAUCAGUUAAAUCCAAAGCAGCUUUUGCAGAUUUGGUAGCGGGUCCCAGAAAUAGCUAAAGAUUUGUGCAAUUUCAUGUAGAGAAGUGAUUGAAUUGAUUUGGGUUGGCUUUGUGUUUGUUUCAAAUUGCUUUGAAGUCAUUUGAGGGCAGGUGCGCUGACAAACGUUAGGUUAAUUUCCUAAUGAGCUGACAGUGAUUAAGGCCUUUUCAUCAGUGGGUUGUUUUUCCUUUGGAGGGAUUGGGUGGGGGAGAGCUGAAGAGCAAGGGUGGAAAGCAAUGAGUAAAAGGAUAUAUUUGGGUUUGGACACCGUAGCAUGUGCCACUGCUCGUAAACUGUGACUCAGUGGCUGGCCCAGGCCACAAAGAUCACUCCUUUUUGCAGAACAAACCAGACAGAUGUUAUUUCCUAACACGGUGAGACUGUUGUCUUUCUGUGAAGUGCUUUAUUUACCUUUCUCCUCUUUCUAUUU